UAGUCCUAAGUUGUAGUUGUGAUGAAUAUGGUUGUCGGAGCCCACGAUUGUUGGGUCAGAGCCCAAAAGAUGAGCGGUUUAACACAAAUACAAAGUGAGUUAAUUGAAGUGAGCGUUGAAAAGGAAGAAGAGAGAGCAUCGUUAGGUAAUGGAAGAGAAUGAAGAAGGCAGGGUAAAAAACGAAGAAGAAGAAGAAGAGCAACAAGUAUGGAGUUGGGGGGCAGGAACGGACGGGCAGCUGGGCACGGGCAGGCUACAGGAUGAUCUCCUCCCUCAGUUGCUUCGUCUACCUUCUCUCUCCGCCGUGGGACCUAUCUCUCUCCUCGCCUGCGGCGGCGCUCACGUUCUCGCCUUAACAUCAGGUGGGAAGGUGCUGACAUGGGGAAGAGGCACAUCUGGUCAGCUUGGUCAUUCUGAUAGGGUUAAUAGCCCACAUCCCAAGCUUGUAAUGUCUUUGGACACCUACUUCAUUACGCAUGCUUCUGCUGGCUGGAACCACUCGGGUUUCGUUUCAGAUGCGGGGGACGUUUUCACAUGUGGAGAUGGCUCAUUUGGUCAGCUCGGGCAUGGUGAUUAUAGUUUACAUUGCAGUCCUGUCAAAGUCUCUUUCUUUGAUGACCAUUGUGUUGAGCAGAUAGCAUGUGGUAUGCGCCAUUCUCUUGUUUUGCUGAAAGGUAAUUCAGGUGAUGAAGUAUACGGGUUUGGCUCCGGGAAGCGUGGUCAACUUGGUAUCUCCAAGGAUAAGAUCAAGUCAAUUAGUCUUCCUGAACGAAUUUAUGGACUUGAAGCUGUAAAAGUUACUAGCAUCAUUGCAAAUGGAGAUCAAAGUGCAGCAUUAUCUGCUGAUGGGCAUAUGUACACUUGGGGAAAAGGGUUUGGUGGCACUUCAAGUGCUCACUCCCCACAGUCUUUACCUAAAUCGUUAUGGUUUACCAAAGCUGCUGUUGGAUGGAAUCAUGCUUUAUUAUUAACUGCUGGUGGAGAAGUUUUCAUGCUCGGUGGAAAUCACCAUGGAGUCCUUGGUAAUCCUGACAAAAUGACUCCAGCCAGGCUCUUAGCAGAUUCAGGAGAAGCUAUCCUGGAUAAAGUCCCUGGUCUUGAAGAGAAUAGGAUCAUGGACAUUGCAGCCGGGGCUGAGCACUCUGUUAUUGUCACAGAUGAUGGAGAAAUUAAGACAUGGGGCUGGGGUGAACAUGGUCAGCUUGGCUUGGGAAAUACAUGCGAUCAAACAACUCCUCAAGAAGUGAGUCUCGGACACAAAUCUCGGAAAGAAGCUGCUGCAAUCAAGAUUUACUGUGGUAGUGGGUUCACAAUGGCUGUAAGAACACCGCAUCUUCCUUCUCAGACUGAUUAGCGCACUUACUGUAUGCUCCCCCUCAAAUGUUAUUGACCUCUGGCUACCAUUAUAAACUGAUUCUUUUACAUGGUGAACAAUAACUGAGAGAAGAAUUUAAGAAGAAUCAUGUACCUUGAGAUAAGAAGUAGAAUCGUGUACCUGAGUUUUUUCUGGUUCAUAGUGUGAAUAUUUGUGUAACAGGGUUGCAUUAUUUGGGCAACCAGUCAUUAAUCAUCAUACAUAAAAUUUUAGUU